CAGACAGACAGACAGACAGACAGACAGACAGACAGACAGACAGACAGACAGAGAGCGUCCGUGCGUGUGUAUGCCUGUGCGUGCGCUCGUGCGAGACACCGCCCUGCUGAGAUCCCAUCUGCAAAUAGACACACCCUGAACUCUAGCUCAGAGGGAUUUGCCUAUUUGCUCAUGCAAUUUACACUACAAUUAGCUUUUUCUUAGAGAGAAAAUCAAAACCAUGCAUUUAAAGAUUUCUAUUUGGUUGCACUUGAUUGGUUGAUUUCUAUUUCUACAUUUGAAAGCAGGUUUAACUGUGCCGGCUGUAACCACUAGCAAUUAACGAGAGAAACAGCAGAGGGCGCUCUAGGACAUUACUUCAGUUACCUCAACAUCCACUUCAGCUUUAUUUGUUAACCUACUUUCCUUUACUGUGCUGUCUUUGCACAAUGUUGUAUUAAAUGAAUGAAUUGAAAUGACAACACAUUGGUGUGCUGUAGUACAGGUGGGCACCUUAUAACACACCUGAAGGAUAUGCUAGAAGCCAUGUAAUAGAGUCAAUGGAAUCCUCUGCUGGGUCCAUACACGACGUAAUAGAUGCUGGGUCUGGGUCACUCAAAUUCAGAGGGGUGUGGGGAAGAGGGAGGCCACAAGGAGCAUAUCUGUUCUCUUCUCUCCCUCCAUUCAAACUCUGAUUCUGCUCUGACUCCAUCUCUAGCUCUGACUCCAUCUCUGACUCCAUCCCAAGCUCUGACUCCAUCCCUAGCUCUGACUCCAUCCCAAGCUCUGACUCCAUCCCUAGCUCUGACUCCAUCUCUGACUCCAUCCCUAGCCCUGACUCCAGCUCUGACUCCAGCUCUGACUCCAGCUCUGACUCCAUCUCCAACUCUGACUCCAUCUCCAACUCUGACUCCAUCUCCAGCUCUGACUCCAUCUCCAGCUCUAGCUCUGACUCCAUCCCUAGCUCUGACUCCAUCCCUAGCUCUGACUCCAUCCCUGACUCCAUCUCCAGCUCUGACUCCAUCUCCAUCUCUGACUACAUCCCUAGCUCUGACUCCAUCUCCAUCUCUGACUCCAUCUCCAGCUCUGACUCCAUCUCUAGCUCUGACUCCAUCUCUAGCUCUGACUCCAUCCCUAGCUCUGACUCCAUCUCUAGCUCUGACUCCAUCCCUAGCUCUGACUCCAUCCCUAGCUCUGACUCCUUCUCCAUCUCUGACUCCAUCUCUAGCUCUGACUCCAUCCCCAUCUCUGACUCCAUCUCCUGCUCUGACUCCAUCCCUAGCUCUGACUCCAUCCCUAGCUCUGACUCCAUCCCUAGCUCUGACUCCAUCCCUAGCUCUGACUCCAUCCCUAGCUCUGACUCCAUCUCUGACUCCAUCUCUGACUCCAUCUCUGACUCCAUCUCCAUCUCUGACUCCAUCCCUAGCUCUGACUCCAUCCCUAGCUCUGACUCCAUCCCUAGCUCUGACUCCAUCCCUAGCUCUGAUUCCAUCCCUAGCUCUGAUUCCAUCUCUAGCUCUGACUCCAUCUCCAUCUCUGACUCCAUCUCCUGCUCUGACUCCAUCUCCUGCUCUGACUCCAUCUCCUGCUCUGACUCCAUCCCUAGCUCUGACUCCAUCUCCUGCUCUGACUCCAUCUCCUGCUCUGACUCCAUCUCCUGCUCUGACUCCAUCUCUAGCUCUGACUCCAUCCCUAGCUCUGACUCCAUCCCUAGCUCUGACUCCAUCUCCAGCUCUGACUCCAUCCCUAGCUCUGACUCCAUCUCUAGCUCUGACUCCAUCCCUAGCUCUGACUCCAUCCCUAGCUCUGACUCCAUCUCCAGCUCUGACUCCAUCCCUAGCUCUGACUCCAUCCCUAGCUCUGACUCCAUCCCUAGCUCUGACUCCAUCUCUGACUCCAUCUCCAUCUCUGACUCCAUCUCUAGCUCUGACUCCAUCCCUAGCUCUGACUCCAUCCCUAGCUCUGACUCCAUCUCUAGCUCUGACUCCAUCCCUAGCUCUGACUCCAUCUCUAGCUCUGACUCCAUCCCUAGCUCUGACUCCAUCUCUAGCUCUGACUCCAUCCCUAGCUCUGACUCCAUCUCUGACUCCAUCCCUAGCUCUGACUCCAUCCCUAGCUCUGACUCCAUCCCUAGCUCUGACUCCAUCUCUAGCUCUGACUCCAUCCCUAGCUCUGACUCCAUCUCUAGCUCUGACUCCAUCCCUAGCCCUUAUAGAGCUGCUGUUUACACUUUUCCACUCCUUUCUUUUCCUUUUUUCUCUUGUCUUUCUCCCACUCUCUUUUUCUCCUCUCUUUCUUUAGGUGAAAGCAUGUAGGGAGGGAGGGAGGUUGGCUGGCUGGCUGGCUGGCUGGAUACAUGGUUGGAUAGCUGGCUGAGAAGGAGACUAUGAGGCUGUAUUGAGCAAUCGGGGGAUUUGUGUGUUGGCCGAGAGACAAUAUGGGACACUGCCAUGACAGCUGAACUGUUUCUGAUAUUUAUCUAGUGUUGUUGCAGGGAGGCCCAGGAAUUUAUAGUCGCUUGCCCAUCAGCUUAACUAAGAAUACAGUCAGUGUGUGUUUGUG